AUGUCAAGUGACGGAAUAAUGCCAUCUCACCUUGAAGAUGGUUAAGAAUUGACAGAAAGUUAAAUGCGUUAAUUAAUUGAAAUGCACGAAUAAGGUUUAAUUCCCGAUUCUUAAAUGGAUUCUAAUUAAUACGAGGGUUCUUAAGAAAAUAGUGGCAUGGAUUAAAAUUACAAUCACGAAGGUCAAGACUAAUAUGAAGAUUAGUACGGUGAAGGGUAUGAUUAUGAUGAAUACGAAUAAUAAUAAAUGCAAAAUUAAUCUGGUUAAGGAUAUGAUGAUAGUUAAUAUUAAUAAAGUUAUUAAUAAUAAUAAAAUUAAAUGCAUAUUCAUUAAAAUACUGAAAGUGAAGGAUAUGAAGUUGAUGAUGAUUUUUUAAGAAAAGUCAAAAGAGAAUUAUUAUAGCAUUUAAAUUAAGAAAGAAAAGUUAAAACAUUAAACUAAUUAUAUAUAGAUUUAACAACAAAUAUAAUAGCACAUGACUAUUCUUAAUUUUUAUUAAAUAAUGAUCAUUCAAAUGAUUUUUUUGAAUCAUUAAAAGAAAGAAAUUUAAAUGAUGGUUAAACGGAAUUAUGUUUCAUAGCUGCAAGAUAUGAGGAAGAUGUAGAUAUAACUUAAUAAUAUAUAUAUGAUUAUUUUAUGGAAAUUGGUUAUUUAUUUUUCGAAUGUGAAGUAGAAAAAAAAAUAUUAAUGAAUCCUUAAAAUAACCAUAUAGGUAUAGGAGUAGCUACAGAUGAAAUAUAAAUAGUAAUAGUAUUAAUAAUAACCGAAAAAGCUUUAUGUAUAUAAAAAAUACAUGAACCUGAGCCAAAUAAACUAGAAAUUUACGGAAAAAUGCUACAAGAAGACUUAGGUAUAUACGCGAUCCGUGUUAUAAAUAAAGACGAUUAAAAAAAGACGUAAAAGGUGUUGGUCCUGAAUUUAUAGAAUAUAACCGUUUAACUAAAGAAUGGAUAGCUAUAUUUGAAAUAGAAAAUAAUAAUAUUGAAGAUUCUCGAAAAGCGCUAGAAUUUUAUACUAGAAUAACCCCAGAUUCAAUUCCAUAUAAGAAAAAAUAAACUAAAAACGAAAAAUUAUCAUAUAAACAUCUCCAAAUUAAACUCAGGACACCCUAUAUGAUAUACCCUGACCCUAAAUAUGCAGCUGAAGAAGAAUAAGAAAGAAUCCGAAGAGAAUAAGAAUAAUAAAUUCUAGAAGAAUAAAAAAAUAAUGUACCAGAUAUUAUCCCAAUUAGAGCAGAAGAUGA